GUAGCGUGAGGGGCGGGGACGAUGGGAGCUCGAUCAUGGGCGCAUACUCACAGGCUGAUCGGUUGUUGACAGGUAGAGGCCGCGCUGAUCGCACCGGCUUGGAUUACUUGACCCCAGGAAUGGGCUACAAGGACAUUGGGCAAGACGACGACUCGCGGAGCCAGCUGAGCAGUUCAAUCACUGACUUUUGAGAACACGCAAUCCUUCGAUAAACUUGGGAAACAAUCAUCUAGUGUCCGUCGGUCUAGCGGCAAACUGCCUAAAGGGCGCGACGACGCCAUUGAAUUGCCCUUCUAGACUCGCACAACUGUCCAGUGACGAUGUGUUUGAGUCUGAAGCGUGGUUCGAAGCUCUAGCUAGCUCGGACUGAUGGAAUCGAUGUGCACUUGCUUCUCUCUUUCCAUCCAUCCAUCGAGCUCCUGGCUCGCCAUCUGUUCAUAUCAUCGAUACGAUCCUCCAUUGUAGGCCAUCGGUUCUUGACUAUUCAAAGGCAACCGGGAGUCAUCUCUACCUGCGUUCAACAUCAAAGAGGCGGCUAGUGUUCUUUUCUCUCUUUUUGUUUCCAGAAGCCGUUUCCUAUACAUACUAUGUGGUCGUGCUGGUGUGUGUAUGUGUUCCAAAACCAAUCUUGUUAACUGAUCAAAGAACAUUAGACUAGUCGAGGACGUGUUUCUAUCAUCAAUAUUUAAAUUUGACUUUCAAACUCACACAUGGAUUGAUCUUGGUAUUGUGGAAUUUGCAACGAGACUGAGACUUUUUGG